AUGUCCCAUGACUCGGACAAGCCGAGUGAUUCUCCGGUGCCCGAGAAUAUACAAGAUGGAGUUACUAAAGGUACUAGUGGUACCAGUAACAAUCCAGACGAAAAACCUGUGCCUCUAGAACGGCGUGGCUCUUCCUUUAUGAAGUUCGUCGCUUCCAUCCUGGGCUCCAAGAAUCCAAUCACCCAUCCAGCAGACCCAAAAACAAAUACCGUCUGGCUACUCGACAACACAGCAUAUCAGCCAAUCCCCGAACCAGGCUCAGAAGAUCAGUCAAUCGAGGAACCCGUGCCCUGGCAGGCAGAGUUCGUAUCCGCCGUUUUCGAGACACAAGGCCGUAAAGAUGUAGGUAAUCUCGUCGCCUCGAUCGCCGAUUACAUCGGACUAGACGGUGAGAGCGGCAUCUCAAUCUCAGAGGUUCAUGAGCGCAUCAGUGCUCGCGUCCAACCAUUUGUUGAUGUGGUCUCUCCUGGUCGAACCAUCACACUGGAGCUAGAUAUCAAUGGUGAUAUCCAAUCGCACCAAAUGGGUCCUUCAGACCGAAACGGCAUAAUCUGCCAAACAAUCCAACUCGCUACCUCGACACAUAUAUCAGACAGGAGUUUCGUGCAACCUACUCUUACUGGAUUCGGUAAUACCAUUCCAGCUCCAAAGACGCAUUUCGCUACACCAGAAGGCUGGCUCGUUAUCUCCGACAUCGACGACACAAUCAAACAUACCAUGACCAUGGAAGCUACAGGAAUCCUACGAACAACAUUCACCGAGGAGCCUGUCCCAAUUACCGGUAUGCCAGAUUUCUACCGCUAUGUUCAGGAAGAACUUCAUCCAGCUUGGUUCUAUCUCUCCGCGUCCCCGUAUAACCUAUACAAAUUCCUACACGACUUCCUCCAUCAGUACUACAUACCUGGGACCUUAGUACUGAGGGAUUACUCAUGGUUAGAUGUGAACGGAUUAAUCAAAUCAUUCACGGAGGGGACACAGGAGUACAAGACAGACCGGAUGGAGAAGAUCAGGACCUGGUUUCCUCGUCGAAGAGUACUUUGUAUUGGGGAUUCGACGCAGAAGGAUCCCGAGGCGUAUGCGGAGAUGUAUCGCAAGUAUCCUGGGUGGAUUCAUGCGAUUGCGAUUCGGAAGGUUAAGGAUGUGGCGCAUAUGGAGGAGUGUAAUAGGAAUGAGAGGUUUGAGGAGGCGUUCAAGGAACUGCCGAGUGAGGUGUGGACGGUUUUUGAGGAUCCGGUUGAGCUUUAUGAUUUCGUGGAUCAGCUGGGCAUGGAGGAUCAGGUUUUGUAA